GAGUGACACAGAAUAAUUUAGCACAAUAUCAUAAUAAAUAGUAUUAACCAGGAUGUGAAACUGAACUAGAGUACGAAACCAGCCAAGCUGUUGUUAUAAGAAGUGUGUUCUCAGACACAAUCGCGUGCAUGUUGACGGAAGCGUGCUGUCUGGAGGUCCUGCAGAGUUCAACUCUAACCCUUAUUUACCGAUUGUAUUAAUGACAUAUCCCUGUCAAAAACGGAUGCAGACAAAGCGAUUUAUCUCAAUCGGCUAAAGAAAAUGACCCACGCGUUUAUUUUGUUUUGUUUGGGUUUUUCUCAUCUUGUUGGUGUGUUUGUUGCGGAGACAAAUGUAUCAGUGAUGGAGGGAGAUUCUGUCACUCUAAAGACUGAUGAUAAACAGGGAUAUGACAAGAUAGAGUGGAGGUUUGGAGAGGAGCGAAUCGCCGGAAUCAAGGGAGUGAAUGGUACAUAUUAUGAUGAGGUUUGGAGAUUCAGAGGCCGACUGCAGCUGGAUCACACCGGCUCUCUUACCAUUAGAAACACCACAACUGAACACACUGGAGUUUAUCGUCUGAAUAUGAAAAUUGGAAAUGCAGAGAUACCCAAGAAUUACAGAGUUACUGUGUAUGCUCCUCUGCCCAUUCCAGUAAUCUUCAUUUACACUUUACUAUCUUCUUCAUCAUCUGAAAGAUCAUCAAGGAUCUUCCUGUGUUCAGUGGUGAAUGUGAGUAAUGUGACUCUCUCCUGGUACAAAGGAAACAGUUUAUUGUCCAGCAUCAGUGAGUCUGAUCGCAAUAUCAGUCUCUCUCUACCUCUGGAGGUGGAAUAUCAAGAUAAAAACAUCUACAGUUGUGUAGUGAACAAUCCUGUCAGCACCCAGACCAGACAUCUCACCAACACUGAACUCUACUGGUUAGGUUCAGACUCUGUCCACUGUUGUGGCGCUGCUGAAGCUGUGAUGCGAUUGGUCAUCUCUGUUCUGAUGGGCAUGGCUUCCGUGGCUGCCAUUAUUGUUCUGGUUUAUGACAUCAAAUCCAGAACAGAAGAGAAGAGAACAAGCAUCAAAUUAAGACAACGAUCAAUCAGAUAUAAAAAAUGUUAAACUGUCUUUUUGUUUUUUACUUCUGAGUACUUUUAUGUUUAGAUUAAAUUGUGUUGUGACAUAAUUCUUCAUCUGUAUUCCUAAUGAUCAUGAUGCAUGGAAUAUGACAUCCAGAAAGCUAAGAACAUGAACAGUCUACUUGCUGUCUACGCUCAAAUUUCUAUUAUUAUUAUUAUUUUUAUUUUUUGCCAACAUUAGAAUGAGUUAUAAGGUUACAUUGAUAGACCUGCAUUUAGCUUGCAGUUAGGAAAAGUAGGUAAAAUAUGUAAUCAGCCACUACUAAUAAUAAGCCAACAUAAUUUCUCCAUGUGUUCAUAAAUUCAAUGACUCCCAUUCAGAACUGUAAACAGUGUAAAAUUGUGUAAACACUUUGUGUUUAAAUAUAGCUCUGAUAGCUGAUAAUAAAUCAGGUUGACUGGUGAAAAUAACAAUUAAUAUAAAUUGUUAGCUCAAAUAUACAGAAAAACCUCCAGGCAGUAAGAAGGUCAUUUGAAGGUUCAUUGUCAGAAGAUUUUGGCUAUAAGGCCCUCCUGGUUUACUAGUGUCAAGACUUAUAGCAUUUGGGUAUUUACUUUAGAUAACUGUAUAAAAUAAACAUGUUCACAUUAGAAAUAGUAACUUUAUCAAUGAUGAUAGAACAUUUCCUGACUUGUUCAUGUUCUGUUGAAAAAAAGAUGGAUUCUUUGUUCCAAAUAAAAUAUGCAAAAUAUCCAAAAGUCAAUUAGAAUAUUAAAGCAAUUUUAUUGUAC